AUGGGAUCGUGGCCAUCGCCCGAGGAGAUGGCUCGCCAAGGUCUUCGGACUGCCACGGGUCAUAUCCUCGAGAAUAUUGGCUUCUCAUCAGUAUCUGGAGAUUCACUUAAUGUACUCACUGAUAUUAUGCGUCGAUUCAUGAUCGAAUUAUGGUCUCGAAGUAAACUGCUAGCCGAGCAUGCUGGUCGUACGGAAAUAUGUCCCGAUGACAUGAACCUUACAUUUAGUAAGUUGAAAUUUUCGCCGGCGGAAAUGCGCGAUUACCUGCUACAGGUGGGAAAUGUUGGCCAACCCAAGCCGUUAUGCCAAUUUCCCGUUGCUCAUCCAAAUGCGAGACCUCUGUUCGCUCCUCAGCCAAGCGCUAAGGAACUGGAGGACCGACCUGAGCAUAUCCCACCGUACUAUCCAGCUGCUCAUCCAGAAUGGACUACAGAAGGUGCAGAUUACCUGGCCGUUAUGAAGCCAUCUACCUCUGUCGAGAAGAAGGGGGGUCCAGCAGAUUUUCCUGACUUUUCCAAUAUGGAUGCGAAAUCGCUAGGGUUAUUAAGACGUGGACAUGAAGAGCCUUCCUUCUUAGAUACUAGUAAGGAUCACAGUUCUGCCACCGGUUAG